CUGCUCACAGACUGAGCAUCAUUGUUUGUCCUGGACUCCUCAGAGGAUCACACAGCAUUUGCUUCUGUAGGCUGAAUUCUGGGCUGGGACCAGGAUUAAGAAGGAUACUGCAGCCAUACCUCAGGAAUAGUCCGGUGUGACAGAGUAGAGGAACUCCCUAAGUUGUAUCAUAUUUGGCCUAGAAGAGCCGAGGGUUUGAUAUAACUCUAAAACAUCACCAGCACCAUCAGCAAUGGGUAACAGCAAGAGCGGCGCCGUGUCCAAGGAGAUCCUGGAGGACCUGAAGCUCAAUACCAAGUUCUCAGAGACUGAGAUUGUCCAGUGGUACGAAAACUUCAAGAGGCAGUGUCCAACGGGCCGCAUCUCAAAAGAGGAGUUUCAGACCAUCUACAGCAAGUUCUUCCCAGAAAGUGAUGCCCAAACGUACGCCCAACAUGUCUUCCGCUCUUUCGACACAAAUGACGACGGUACGCUGGAUUUCAAGGAGUACAUCAUUGCCCUCCACAUGACAUCAACAGGAAAGACCACCAGGAAGCUGGAAUGGGCCUUCUCUUUGUUCGAUGUGGACAAGAAUGGAUACAUCACCAAGGCAGAGGUCAAGGAGAUCUGCUCGUCAAUUUUCAAGCUGAUUCCUAAAGAUGAAUUAGCCGAUCUGCCUGACGAUGAAAACACGGCCGAGAAGAGGGCAGAUAAACUCUGGAAGUUCUUUGACAAGGGCGACGAUGCACGAGUUGCGGAAGGCGAGUUCAUCCAGGGCGUGUUGGACAAUGAAGAAGCUCUCCGUUUGAUUCAGUAUCAGCCUUCAAAGUAAAAUGUUCUGUCAAACAGAUCCAUCUCUCUCCAGCCCCAUCUUCUUCCACUUCGCUCUUCAUUCUGCUGCUGCAACGACACCUGACAGCGCCUUCACAACAUGUGAGCUCAUAGCAGGUGUGAUGAAAACGCCCCCAUUGCUCCAAAUUAAAUAAUGACACACCAUCUCCUGCUGGGUUUUUAUAAUGUUUGCUGCCUGUGUUUUGUCUGAACUGUUUGCUGAUAAUGAAAGUGGGAGAGAGUGCCCCUCAGGUUUCCUCAUAUUGCAGUUAUCAUAGCAACCAUUUCAUCGCUUCACCAGUUAACCAACAUCUGUCUACCAUAAUGUAGGCAGAGAUACUCCCUCAUAAACGUUUCACCCAAUCCACACUUUCACAGUUAUUUUGCUUUUUCUGCUAAGAUUAGCUUCUUCAUUGAAACUGCACUAUAUUAUUCUGAAACUGUCAGUAUUUAGCCUACAUUUCUUAAGAAAAGUAAACUAUGAAGGUCUGUUUUAGCGACUGAAGCACUCAUUUUAAUAUGAUAACAUGUCAUGUGCACUAGUUUAACUACCCUGACCAUGGAAUAUAUAGAUCGUUCUCCACUGGACAGCCACGGCUGUUCUCUGUAGAUUUUAUCACUCCCCUUGCACUAAAUGCAGGGGGUAUCCAUCAUUCUGAUCCAAUGUUGUGUCUUUUACAGUCUUCACUUCAUCCAUGUGGCACAAUCUUACAUGUUUGAUGUUCUAGUUAAGUGGUGAAUAUUGGAGCAUAGGUUUUAUUCAUGUACGACGACAUGUAAAACUGUUGUAAAAGUGUUUAUCCUGGAUUCCCCUUUACAAUGAAUUAAAUAAAACAAUUAAAUUGUAAAAGU